AAUUCAAACUCUUGGAUGGCCUUGAAAUCUUAUUGGCUGUGGAUGUAUACACUACUUACUUAUAAAGAAUAUUUUUUUUAAAAUUAUCUCUGCUUAUCUAUGUGACAUCGACAUCAUAUCACAUCGUAAAUUAUCAUCAUCGCAGCCUGUUGUACAGUGAUACUGAAGUUCGCACAUAGAAAUGAGUGUCCACUCAUAUUCAUCUUUGUUUGAAUAUCUCAAAAAUGUUGGUGUUCAUAUGCUUGACGAACUGUACACUCAUCCUCCAACAUGUCUUGUCGUUUUUAGAGAAUUACCUGAACUUGCGAAACAUUUUGUCAUGCGACUUUUAUUCAUUGAACAACCAAUACCAAAAUCUAUUGUCUCUGGGUGGGUUGAAAAGGGCUCUAGUGCACUUCUAAAUGACUCAUGUAAAGCUUUGACUGAUUUGAGGAUAUGGCAUUCUACAGACAGUAAUGUUUCUCGAGGCUCUUGGUCGUUAAAUAAAAAGUAUCAAGAGUCGAUUCGAAUAUCACUUUUCGGAGGUGGAAAACCCUUACUUGGAGAUUUAGGCAUUGUGACAAACGAUAAGUACUCAAAAAGUGUUGACUUUUUAAAAUCGUAUGCAGCUGAACGUUGGGAUGCUAUACUUCACUUUAUGGUAGGUUCUGAAUCAGCGGAAGUUGGAAGUGUUGUGAAGGAUGUCCUUUUAUUGUCCAAUUUAAUGAAAUGUGAAGGUAAUGAUUGUCCAAUUGGUAUCACAAAGCAUGGGUUCCAUUUCUUGCUUAUGAGUCGACAGUUUCAAGUGCUAGUUUUCAUCCUGCACUACUUUGACUACUUAAAGGAAAAUAGUAAAAAUCUAGUUGGAGCCCUACAGUUCGUUUUCCAACUUAGUUUUUUGUGUCCGACAAAGAGCUAUCCAGUAGAGGCACUGAGUACUGCCCAACAAGAAGUAUUACAGCAUAUGCGCGAACUCGGCUUAGCUUAUCAACGAAAGCGUACUGCGCCUCGUUUUUAUGUAACUCCUCUUGCUUUGGAUGUAGCUGGAGGUCAUACUACUUUCUUGGAAAGUAAAUCAGGUGGAUGGGGUCCACAAUUAGGAGUUAUUCCUACUGGUGUUUCAAAAACAGAUCCCACCGAUAGUAACAAAAUGUUUUCGCAAAUUUCGGUAUCGAAUUCUUCCGAUGUUGGUUACAUUUUGCUAGAAACCAAUUUCCGACUAUACGCCUAUACUGAUUCACCGCUUCGUACCGCUCUUCUUAGUUUAUUUAGCAAAAUACGUGCACGUUUUCCUAAUCUUGUUGUUGCUGAUAUAACUCGUGACUCAGUUCGUGAAGCAUUAAUUCGUGGAAUAACUGCGAAUCAGAUUCUAUCUUUCUUAACAACCAAUGCACAUCCAGAUAUGUUACUACAGAAUCCUAUAUUACCUCCUACUUUAACCGAUCAAAUACGACUAUGGGAAUUAGAACGAGAUAGAUUUCUAUUUCAAGAAGGCUGUCUGUAUGAACAAUUCUCUCGGAAUACAGAUUUUGAAAUGGUUCGGGAUUAUGCUAAAAAUAUUGGUGUUUUACUCUGGGAAAAUCCUGAACGAAGACUUAUGGUUGUGUCUAAAGCAGGUCAUGAAGAUGUACGGAAAUUUUGGAAACAUAAACGUCCAUCCUAAAACUUUGUCACUGUUCAAUUUUCUUUUUCUACUUCAGAUUAUAUGUACAUAUAUAAUUAGACAUUUUCAUUUUUAUUCUAACAGUAUUUGUUGAAGAAUGAUUUUUCAGCAAAACUCCAUGAUUUGUCAUUUUUAAACUUAAAACUCUGCUACUUCCGUUUUUUAACCAGUUUGGUGAAAUAUCUAGAGAAGUCACGCAGUAAUAAUAGUUAAACAAGAUACCCUAUACAACUAUAAGUAUUCACAUACAUGGAACAAAAUCUAAACUUGUUUAUCUUACUUGUUUACUUUCGUCACAGUGUUUGUUCUCUUAUUUUAGGAAGUUCUUAUCGAAAUAAAGCUUAGUAAGCUUCCAUUAUUGGAUUCGUGAGACUAGGUUUUGGUAUAUAAAUAUAUAACCUUCCGCAGUCGAUGUACACAAUUUUUGCUAUAAAGAUUUUCAUCCCAGCAACUAUUACGACGAAUGCAUUAAUUCUAUUUCAGUAAUCAUAAUUCAAUUUGUUAAACAAUCAGUGAAAUUAAAAUUUCUGAUUGACAAAGUAAAUUCUUUAAAUCUACUAACUAAUAAACGUUUCUUACCAGUGAGUGACUACUCAACUGAACUUCAACACUAUUAUUGAAUAUUUACUAAAUUUAAUUAAAAGACGUUGUUUACAACUUAUUUGGAUAUACAUUAAAAUCAAAUAGCAAUUGACACUUGUUCUACCGAAACUCUUGAUUUCAUAGUUAAUCAAAUCUUUGUUUUUCAUUAAAUUUACACAGAGAUAUAUUUAAAUAUAGCUUUCUAACUGCAG